AACAUUCUUGUAUAAGUUUUUGUGUGACCAUAAGUUUUCAUUUUUCUUCUGUGUAUACCUAGGCGUGGAAUUCCUGGGUCAUGUAAUCCUUAGCCUCUUUUAACCUUUAUUUCCUUACCAUCUCUCAAGCUCUCUUGUUGCCAAUCUCAUGUUGCCCUCAUGCUGUUUUCUUUAGAUUUUUAGAGCAUCUUCACUUUCCUUAGUGAUUAAAAUGUCCCUUUCAACUUCUUCCCCUAUUGCCCCACUUAGGUAGGUCAUGUUACAAUUUUUCAUGACAAGUUCAUGACUUUUCAUACCAUUACUUCAAAUUUCUUUGAACUCAAUUCCAAUGACAUUUUUCACUAAACAGUUAUUCAAAGGAACAGCCAAACCUUACACUCUUUAGAACUGAUCAUCUUGUGCCAUUUCCAAGAUAUUAAAUUCUUUGACAGUAAUUUUUUGUAUUUCACUCCCAUUAGACUUAUUCUUCAUGCCUAUGAUGACCUCUACACCCUCAGUGCCUCUAUAUUUUCAGUUUAUUAAUUAACUUCUGUCCUAAUUUGUCUUCUAUCUAACUGGAACCUAUGGCAAGUCAUUUUAAUGGUGCUUUCCUCCUCAUCCUUGAUUUCUUAACUCCUUUAUUUAAUCUCCUUGCACCACCAGUUCUCCAAGAGGUAGCUUACAUACUAUCUCUUUUCUUCUUUCUUGUCCCUGGGGGUGCCAAGUCCUAUCAGAGUUCAUUGGUUUCACUGUAAAUUCAUGGUAACUUAAGUGGGCACAUUUAACUAUUUGAAUUCCUUUCAUAUCAAAAUAACUUCUAUCAUAACUACCGAUUUCAGGGAAUUUCUGCUCUCAAAUCCUUAAGACUUAAUCUAACUCUUAUCUUUGCAAAAAUGAAGUUCUUUUACUGAGAAGAUCUAGGCCAGCUAAUUUGUCUGCCCAACAGUUUUCUCAGUUUUUUCCUUUUCGUUAAACUUCUUCAAGACAAAGUUCUUUUCAUACUUUAUUACUUUCUCUUUACUACCUGUCCUUGGUUUUUCAUUAUUCUUUCUUCUUACCUCUUUAAAACCUCUCUCCAUUCUUUUUUUCCUGCAAAGAUCCCCCAGUUUAUAAAGAAAAACUCAAUCCUGCAUCUACAUAAUGCUACCUUCUCUUCAGCAGACUUGCAGAUGGUGUGUAAUUCUCGAACACCUUGUCACCUUUACUGUUGGCUUUCAAACUCAAUUCUUCUUGAAAUUGUUUUCUCAAGUGUUACCUAUUCACUAAAUCCAGUAUUUUUAGUCUUUAUCCUUUUGGUUUUCUCUGUGGAAUAUAAACGAGUUAUUUAAGCUUCAGAGCCUCCUGCUUAGAGGGGACUUUAAAAUGUUUAUGUUGUUGAAUAUUUUUGUAAAGUUGCAAAAACAAUAUUUUUGCUUUGUUGUCAAGCUUCAGGCCUGGAUUUGCCACUCUAUAAAAGGGGAUCUGCCCCUCAUAAAAGAAGUUCAUCACAUUCUGUUUUAGCCUAUAGAGGUAACAAAAUUGGGCAUAGCUUCUUCCAACUUUGCCACAGCUAAGGAUAGAGCUAAAUUGCUGUAUUAACACUUAUACCUUGGAUUAACCAAAGAAUUAUAUUCUCCCAUACCCAGGUCCCAGGUCUGGUCCUCAAUAUUACAGGUUCAGGAACUAGAUUGUAAGCAGUUUGACCAAGGUGAUCAAGCACUGGAAGAUUAAUACAUGUUAACCAAAUACACAAAAUAUAAACCAGAAUGUUUAUUUCUUAGUAUACAAGAAGGAGUUACUACCUUAAUUUUGACUAUGGGUAUAAAAUAUCUGCUAUCCAGGACACACUCUUAACUGGAUUAAGGUAUUAUGGAGACCAAAUAUUAUAAAACAUUUAGUUUUCAUGAUUGAUCAUGAAAACAGUGCUAAAGGCCUUCUCACUGCUGGUGUAUGGCCUAAACCUCUAAUUCCUUGAAAAGAGGAAAACCCUGUUUCUUGUGUGAUUUCAGCACGUGCAUGAUUCUGACCUACCAGCCUUGCCUAGUCAUUGAUUGAGGUGGUCUGUGCAGAUCUCACCUUCCAACUGCACCCUAUUUGGCUGCCAUAGGCUAGCAUUGCGCAUCUCUUCUCGUUUCCCGACCGUCCCAGCCCUUUUUCUAUUUCAUUCAUGUCCUCUCUUACCUCUCUGUUAUCUCCAAAGUAUUUCCCUCUCUUUCAUUGCCCAAGCUGACCUCACGGUUCGUCCUAACGUCAGUUCUGCCGUCACCUACUUUCACCUUGCCUCGUCUACUAAUGAUCACCUCCUAGACUGACACCCUCGUCCCCUACCUAGCCCAGACUGGUCCCACCGCCUAGACCGAACCUUACCAGGCCCAGCGGGGAAAGUAUGAGGAACGCUUCGUCGCGCUCUUUCUUUGCAUGGUCUCUUUCAUUUUCUCUCAAUCCUACAAAACCAAUACUUUUACCCUCCCCGUGAGCCCCAGAACCGCCUCAUGGCGGCGACAGGUCUGCCAGCUAAGGCAGAAGGUGUCUCCUUACUUGAGAAUGUAGGUGUGUUGGGAUGCCAGCGUCCGCGCGUCAGUGAAUAACCUGGGCCGAGCCCCAGGUGAAGGGGAAGGGUGGCUGGCGCUAAGCCAAUCACAGCUCCUGACGACAGGGCCCAGCCAAUCAGAGUACGGGGUGCUUGGCGCAGUGAGGACCCGCCCCCUUGCAGCUCGGUGGCCAACGCCUUCGCCCAGGGCCAGCUGGAGCAGAGCAGGUUCGCAGAGUGAAGGGUUCUGGGCACCUUGCGAGCAGGUUGGCAGUGCCCUCCCGCCCCAGCUAAUUUCUGUACAAGCCUUGUCCUUAACAGGUGUUGGUGCCUGCCGCGGACGCAUUCUGACCCGGGGCGUAUUUCUCUCUAGAGACUCUGUGUCUAUGGUUGGGGACAGAGUGAGGCCGUUGCCUUGACGACGACAGCAUGCGGCCCGCGGUCCUUCUGAGAGUGAGCUUGCGGUGGGCCGAGGCCAAUCUGCCUCUUUGCCUGCUUCACCUGGGACCUGUGUCCGUGUCCGCAGAAGGAAUCAACAGCACUGAAAUUGCUAGUUUGUUAGUCAGCAUGUUUUAGACCUGCGAGCGAGAUGAAUUUCACCUCAAAUUUGUUUCCAAGUUGAAAACCUUUGGGUCUUUCCACGUGAAAGGAUUUUAAAGAAACACAAGAAAAAUUCCUACUGAUUUUGAAUUAAAAUGGAAAAAUAUGAGAAUCUAGGAUUGGUUGGAGAAGGGAGCUAUGGAAUGGUGAUGAAGUGUAGGAAUAAAGAUAGUGGAAGAAUUGUAGCCAUCAAGAAGUUCUUAGAAAGUGAUGAUGACAAAAUGGUUAAAAAAAUUGCUAUGCGAGAAAUCAAGUUACUAAAGCAACUGAGGCACGAAAAUUUGGUGAAUCUGUUGGAAGUGUGUAAGAAAAAAAAACGAUGGUACCUAGUCUUUGAGUUUGUUGACCAUACAAUUCUUGAUGACUUGGAACUCUUUCCAAAUGGACUAGACUACCAACUAGUUCAAAAGUAUUUAUUUCAGAUUAUUAAUGGAAUAGGAUUUUGUCACAGUCACAAUAUUAUACACAGAGAUAUCAAGCCAGAAAAUAUAUUAGUAUCCCAGUCUGGCGUUGUGAAGUUAUGUGAUUUUGGAUUUGCACGGACACUGGCAGCUCCUGGGGAGGCUUAUACUGAUUAUGUGGCAACCCGGUGGUACAGAGCUCCAGAACUAUUGGUUGGUGAUGUCAAGUAUGGCAAGGCUGUUGAUGUGUGGGCCAUCGGCUGUCUGGUAACUGAAAUGCUCAUGGGGGAACCCCUUUUUCCUGGAGAUUCUGAUAUUGAUCAGCUAUAUCAUAUAAUGAUGUGUUUAGGUAAUCUAAUUCCAAGGCAUCAGGAACUGUUUUAUAAAAAUCCUGCAUUUGCUGGAGUAAGGUUGCCCGAAAUCAAGGAAAUGGAACCUCUUGAAAGACGCUAUCCCAAACUCUCUGAAGUUGUGAUAGAUUUAACAAAAAAAUGCUUACAUAUUGAUCCAGACAAAAGACCCUUCUGUGCUGAGCUCUUGCACCAUGAUUUCUUUCAUAUGGAUGGAUUUGCUGAGAGGUUUUCUCAGGAACUACAGUUAAAAGUACAGAAAGAUGCCAGAAAUAUUUCUUUAUCUAAAAAAUCUCAAAACAGAAAGAAGGAAAAAGAAAAAGAUGACUCCUUAAGUGAGGAGAGAAAAACACUUGUGGUACAGGAUACCAAUGCUGAUCCCCAAAUUAAGGAUUCUAAAGUAUUUAAAAUAAAAGGAUCAAAAAUCGAUGGAGAAAAAAUUGAAAAAAUCAGUCGAACUUCAAAUGCCAGUUGUCUCCAUGACAACGGGACAAGCCACAUCAAAACAGUGCCUUCAUCCAGCCUCAGAGAUUGCAGCAAUGGCAGCGUGGACCAUACAAGAAAUCCAGGCAUGGCAAUUCCCCCACUUACACACAAUCUUUCUGCAGUAGCUUCCAAUAUUAGUUCUGGAAUGGGGACUAUCCCAGGAGUUCAGAGCUACAGAGUGGAUGAGAAAACCAAGAAGUAUUGUAUUCCAUUUGUUAAACCAAAUAAACAUUCUCCAUCAGGCAUUUAUAAUAUUAAUGUAACCACAUCAGUCACUAGUGAAAAGAGCCUACAUCAGGCAAAUAAGAAAAGAAGAGAAUACUCAAAGAUAGAUGUCCAUUUGCCCGAACUAAACUAUAAUCAUCUCCCUGAACUAAGAGCCUUGGAAGGCAUAGCUCGAAAUUCUAGGCUAAUAAGGAAAGAGAACAAAAAUCUUUCAGAAUCUCGAAUUCCUUCUCUGGCCACUAUUGACUUGCAUGCCUCCAGUGUUGCGUUACAUCAGAUACCAGGAUCUCCCUUGUCAGAUGAUUCGGAGGCUGACUUACCUCGAAUGGAACACCAGCACUGAAUGUCAUUUUGGUUCUGAAUUGGAUGCUGUUCUAGCUUGAGAUGACAUCGUCUUGCAACAAAACUGCUGAUGUCCUAAGAAGAGAUAUUCGUUGUUUUGAUCAUUUACUUCUGAACUGCCUGCAUUUUCUGAGAAAGGUCUAGCAGAAGGAAAGACAAAGACUUUCAAGUAUUUCAAAGGAAGAUUGAACAAAUGCCCCUCCCAACUGUUAUCCCAUCACCUUUCAAGUCCACUGAUGCUAUUUCAAGAUAUACUCAAUGAAAGAAUAAUGAUUUGGUUCUUGUUACAUGUGUGUAUAUUUACUACUAAUAGAUUGUGCAUUUAAAGUUACCUAAGAUUAAAAGUGAGUAAAAAGAGGAAGAGAGAAACAUUAUAAAAGGUCAUGUAAUGUAUUGAACAUUGUGUGUUGUCUGUAUAAAUGUGUACAUUUAUUUAGGAGUGUGUUUGGUGGAGGUGGAUGCUAAAAACUAGGAUCAGUUGAAGAAAAUGAAAAAACUAGGAUCAGUAAGAGAAAAAUGUUUCCUUUCCCCUAACCUAACUAUAAAAACACAUUUAAAAUUCUUGCUUGUUUAUAGGCUUUAAGGAGAUAUGUAACUGCUAUCUCUGGAUAGACGUAUUUCUUUGGUUUCUGUGAUUAUUGUAGGUGUUUGAUCAGUGUAUGAAAAUCUGCCUCUGUGCCGAUCUUCUGAGAACCACACUAAUGCAAAUUUCAGAAAGAAACUUUUUAUUUCUAAUGACUUAGUACAGCUGGCACUCGAUAGCCAGUCCUCUGCAUCAUAAGAUUCUGGUGCUAAUGUUCCUGUGUACAGGAAUGCAAUUGGAACAAGGGUGGUAAAAGAUAAUUUCUUAGGUAUACCCCGGAGUUGGAUACUGCACUUCUCAAUGACAAGAGAGGUAUACAUACAAAAUUAAGAGAUGGGAAGCAGUGUUACCAACUGACUAAGACUGAUUACUCUUCUCUGGGCCAAUUGCUAUCGAACUCCUCUGGUGAGGAGACUUUGGGAGGGAAUGUCCACUGUUACAGACUUCACUCCUAUCCACUGAUAGUUUGAAGGUGAUGUUAGACAGAUUAUCUAUCUAAUAUUCCAGAGAUAUUAGACAGAACCCAGAGAUGUUCCUGUCUUCUUGUUUCCUCAAAUACUUAAGCCUUCCCAACAGCUUUUAACCAAGUUGCAAAAUUAUUUACCUUUACUGCAUGCAUCUUUUAUAAUGUACUAGUCCACAACUUUUAGGUGGGAGAGUUAAACCAAUUUGGCUCUAGUGGUUUGGUUUCUGGGUUUCCAGUCAUGCUCUGCAGUUAUCAUUUUAGAGAAUGGUUGUUAAGGAGAUUAGAAUUUUUUUUUUUUUUUGCAUUAACCAAUUAAUAAUUUUUUUUUUUCCAAAAAGGCAUUGACUAGAACUUAGACCGAGCCUUUAACUUGCACUUUUCUCUAUUACUUACUCUGUGGAGCUUAAUAUUGGAAUUCUGACCAUAGAUACUUGGGCCUCAAAAGAGUAGGACAUUCAGGAGGAAGCAAAAUAAGGGGCUGCAAUGUAGAAGGUGGUUCAAUUCAAAUUUGAUCUUGAUUUUGAAGCUCUGUCUUUAACCUCUGAGCAGAUGUUGGACUAGAUUGAUAUGGCUAAUGUGCUGAACAAAAUUAGUGUAUAGACAUUAAUAGGCUUCACAUUAAAAUAUUAUUUUAUUUUUACUUUGAAAAAUGUUGCCAAUGGACACUACAACAUAGAAAACAGACAAUACUUAGAAAUCAAAUGGCUGCCCAGGUACUUCAAUGUUAUUUUUAUUUAAAGAUCAGUGUGAAAAUAUCACCUUAAUGUCUGAGGGUCUAGGAUGGGUUACCUUCUCAUUUCUAUAUUUGCUUUUGGUAUCUUUUAAAACAUUUUGUGAAUUUUAGAUUAAGAUACUAAAAAUUGUUCAUUAUAAGUCCAAGUUGAGACUUGAGGGUCACAUCUGGUUAGAACCUCAGCAGAACUACUUGAAAAAAGAUUUUGCAAAUUGAGGCUAUAGGUACUGAACUAAAAUAAUCUUUUUUUUUUCAAUUUAAGGUAGCUAAGUCUCUCCUUACAAGGUUAUGAUUAAGCCACAUACUAACAAUAAAUAUGUGUAUGUAAUACUGGUAGGGGGAAGUGGGCUUGCUGUGUGUAUGUAUGUUUUAAAAUUAAUAAAUAUUAUAUGAUAUUGAGCUCCA